AUCGCGACCCUGCCCGGUCCUCCGCCCGCAGAGGUCCUGGUCCUGGACAGAUACCGGGCCCAGAAAGAGGACGAGCUGAGCCUGGAGCCCGGGGACGUGGUCCGGCUGGUGUGCCAGGGGCCCGCGAGGAGUUGGCUGCGUGGAGAGCUGGGGGGGCGCUGUGGCCUCUUCCCUAAGCGCCUGGUGCAGGAGAUUCCAGAGGCCCUAAGAGUUUCCGGUGACGAGAGACCACACUGCGCGCGCCGCCGACGUCACUCCUCCAAAUCCCGGGGCCCGCAAAGAUGGUGCAAAGUGAACUUCAACUACAGCCCGGAGCAGGCGGACGAGUUGAAGCUGCAAACUGGGGAGAUUGUGGAAGUGAUAAAGGAGAUUGAGGACGGCUGGUGGCUGGGGAAGAAGAACGGGCAGCUGGGAGCCUUCCCAUCCAACUUUGUGGAGUUGCUGGACAGUGGGCCCCCAAGCCUUGGUAACACAGACCUUCCUCCAGUUAGCCCUGGUUCUCAGCAGACCCCCAAGCCGGGCAGCCUGACCUAUGACAGCGCUCCAGACUACCUGCAUACAGUCUCCCACCCUGAGACCUACAGGGCCCUGUUUGACUACCAGCCGGAGGCCCCUGACGAGCUGCCACUGCAGAGGGGGGACGAGGUGAAAGUACUGAGAAAGACCACAGAGGACAAGGGCUGGUGGGAAGGAGAGUGUCGAGGCCGAAGGGGCGUUUUUCCAGACAACUUUGUGCUCCCACCCCCCCCAGUAAAGAAGCUGGUCCCACGGAGAGUGGCAUCUCUGGAAUCAGUUCCUACUAAGGAACCAAAGAAACUGAUGGCCAGAAGAUCCCUCCUUACUGUCAAGAAGUUGAUGACAGCUCCCUCUGGGCCCAGCAAAGCCAAGACGCCCUGUGGGGACAGUCAGAAGCGCCUCUCCCGAGAUGCAGGCUCCAGUGGCAGAUUCCUCAGUGGGGGUCCAGGGCAACCUGGCAGAAAGCGAUCCAAAACCCAGGCUCCCCGGCAACACUCUGCACCCAGUCAGGGAGAUCACAGCAGCUUGACAAAGGCCCCUUGUGUGACUAGAGCCCCGACACUGGACAAGACCUCCACCAGAGAGAAGACCCCCUCUCCAAAUAAGGCCCGAAACCCAGCGAAGAUCCCAACCUCUGACAAAGUCUCCACCCCACAGAAGACCCUGACUCUGGACAAGAACUCCACUCCAGAGAGGGUCUUUUCUGUGGAUAGGGCUCCUGCCCUACAAGUUCCACCUAAGGAUGAAGCCCUUGGCCCAAAGGUGACCUCCACCCUAGAAAAGCUCAUAACCCCAGAGCAGGUGCUUCCAGAAGAAGUCUCCCUGGGAAAGUGCACUCUAUCCCAGCGCUUCUCUCCUGAGCAAAGCCUGCAGGGGGCCCAGUCCCUGGGGACCAUGGGGGCUCAACCCCAAGCGGAGGUCCCCAUGUGAGAGGAAGCUCCCCUGCAGCCUAAUUCCUCAGAAAGAUGCUGCUGUCUUUCCCUCUUCCAAGGGGAGUCCAAGUUCCAGCCAGGGUCCGUGCCUGCCCUUGAGAAGGCCUUGUCCCUGGAAGAGGCCGCAGCCCUCCAGGAGGAGGCACCUGCAAAAGAGGAGCCUACCCCAAAAGACUCUAAAGAGGUGGCUCCCAAAGAGCAAAUAGCCCCUGAUCCCCAUACUCCACAUGCUAUCAAGCAGACUCCAGACCCCCAGAAGACUCCCACCCUCCACUCCCUGGUUGUGCAAAACUCUGGAAACAAGAAUGAUGGCGUGGACGUGAUGUCGCUAAUGCACGAGGUGACAUCUCUCAGGAGUGCGCUGGAACGUCUGGGGCUGGAGCUGGAAAGGAAGAUAACUGAGGUCUGGGAAGAGCUGAAGAGGGAGAGGGAAAGCGCAGCUUGCUGGAGGUUCAGAUGAUGCAGAGGACCCAGAAGUCCCCAACGGGGGACUCCAAACGCGCAGACGCAGUGAGACCAUCGGCCCAAGCAGGGGGGACGCCUGGCUCGGGCCACCCGCAUCCUUGCACUCGGCUUUGGAAGACGCAAGAAAGUAAACUCUGGGUGGACGUGCUGA